AUGAGGGAAUUGCACAUCAUUGGCUUGGCUGUGCUCUGGACAAGCAACUGCGUGUCAUCUGGCUUCGCGCAGAGGCAGGAUCCGUACCUGAGAGGAAGAGUUCCUCCUUUGCCGAGCUCGCGUCAAUAUUCUCCGUUCGAUCUCGCUCGACAACGACUCGAUAACCCGCCGCCUCCGGCAUGUGUGUUGCCUCUUCAAGAUCUACCAUAUCAACCACAGAGCAGAUCCUCAUGA